CAACAAAGUACCACAUUCGUCCACUUUCAUGUCCAUCGCAUUGAUUAAUCGCUCGACAUUUGCAAUCGUUAGAGUCUCCCGACGAUUCAGACACAUCAACUGCUUAAUUUCCUCUUAUCGCAGUGUUUCUUUCGGCAACUACUUUAUCAUGCCCACAGACCCAGCCUCAUCCCCCGCACAUCAGCUGCUAAAGCCGCUGGUCAAUGGGCAGGACGCAACAAAAUCUAAUGCAGGUGGUAUUGACGUCACCAAAGUCGUUUCUGAGCUCUCAGACGCCGCCCGGGCAGCAGAGAACAAUGUCGAGGACUUUGUCUACAAAACGUGGACAGACUUGUUCGAGAUUGCUGGACAGAUUGACUAUGGCAACAACGCUGCACAAGACGAUCUCGUCAAGGUCUUGAGUGAGCUGCGUGGCACGUCUGUAACUGGCUCGGGAGGCAAGACCCUGGCCGUUAAGGACGCUGGCGAGGUCUGGAACGACCUUCCUACUUUUGGAUGGGUGGCUAGGGAGAUUUGGAAUUUUGAUAUACAAGACCCGGACAACAAACCUGAAGAUAUCAACAAAUUCAACAACCAAUCUGCCUUUUUGGCACGCCUUACUGCACUUGCUCAUAGCGAAGGUACCACCAAAUCCCCGCUGGACUACAGCCUUUACGCACUUUGGUCUUUCCGUGAUGCUUUCGAGCAGUCAUCGCAGACUCUGGCUGCUGCCAAGAACUCUGCAAUCUGGAUCAACUACGCCUCAGAUGCCCUGCAGGAUUUGGCUUCCAAGAAUCAGGACUUAAGUGACAACAUUGGAAGCGCAGGCCCAGAGUAUAGGUCUAAGGGGUGGAAGGGUUUCAACCAGGAGCGGUGGGGUGUGUGGAAACAAGGCUUUCAGAAUGCACUUCAAAAAGUGGGCGCCGAGGCAGACCAAGAUACUCGGGAUCUGCUCAAGAAGGCAGUUGACCGCAUGUAAGGCCCGGUUCACACCAGUAGUGGCACUCUGUCAUGGAUUUCGAAACCACCAAUUAGUCAAUGUGCGACUUCCGUUUUCUCUGGAUAUUUGCAUGCAUCUAGAUAUCCUUACAGAUAUCUCGGCAUGGAUGCAUUUAACCAGAUUUACCCAUGAUGCAAACUCUGCAAUGACAUUUGUUCGGUUUCUAUGCUGUAUCAACACAACCUAGAGGGAGGGAAUUUUGUAGCCCAAGAGCACAUCGCACUACCCUAUUAUAUUUCCGC